AUGCAAUCUUUUGAGUUUGUUUUGCUUAUAAUUAUUUGGGAAAAUGUUUUGAAACCAUUAUCUGUGGUAUCCAAGAUGUUACAGUGCUCACAAACCAGUAUCUAUCAAGCCAGUGAGUUUUUGCAAAUUGGUAUUAAUUCAAUUAAAAAUAUGAGACAUAAUUAUAAAGAACUGGUAGAAUCAGCAAAAAAUAUGUGUUUAAAAUGGGGAAUACAAUUUCAGAAUGAAAAUAAACGAAAAAUUUAUUCUAAAAAACUAUUUGGUGAAGUUGAUGGUGACAGGAGAUUGGAUAUUACAGAGGAAAAAUUUUAUGUUUCAGUAUUUUUACCAUUAGUUGAUACUGCUUUAUUUCAACUCGAAGAUCGUUUUAAAGGACUUAAAAUAGUAUCAAAUACUUUUAAUUUUUUAUUGCCACCAAAUAUAAUAAAAUUAAAUGAAGCAGAAAUAGUAAAAUCAUGCUAUGAUUUUAUUCAGUUUUACAAAACUGACGUAACUUCCGAUUUAACUAGUCAAGUUCUAUCUUUAAAGGAGUUUAUAAAAAACACUGAUAAGAAAACAAUUAAAGAAUUAUGUUUAUAUUUAAUAGAAAAUGGCCUAUCAUCUUUGUAUAGUGAAGUUGUUACAUCUUGUAUUAUAUUUUUAAGUUUACCAGUAACUGUUGCAACGGCCGAACGAUCAUUUUCUAAACUUAAAUUGAUUAAAAACUAUUUAAGAAACUCGAUAUCUCAAGACCAAUUAACCAACAUAAGUAUCUUAAAUAUAGGAAGAGCUCGCACUGAAGAACUUGAUGUAGAAAAAUUAAUUUUAGACUGCCAAUCAAAAAAGCAGAAAAAAAAAUUUUUUAAAGUAAUUUUAAUAUUAUAA